CUCACAUCAAUUCACAUAAUUUCCUCUUGGCUCUCCUUUUGUUGUUCUUCACUUCUUCUACUUCUAAAAAAUCGCUUAAUAUUAUUUUUCAACAAUGGCAAUUCUCUCAGACUAUACAGAAGAAAAUCAAGAACAACCCAUUAUUAAGCCUAUAGAGAAACAAGAAGAAAAAUCUUCAUCUUUUUCAGCCCCAAAAGAAGAUGAAAAAUCUUCUUCAGCCCCAAAAGAAAAAUUAAAUCCAAACAAGUCCAAUGGACUUGACAUGGAGAAUUAUGCAUGGGGACAAUCUCUUCAAGAAGUCAACAUCAAUGUUCCAGUUCCUCAUGGUACAAAAUCAAGAUUCUUGGUUGUUGACAUCAAGAAUAAUUCCCUUAAAGUUGGACUCAAAGGUCAGCCACUCAUUAUAGAUGGUGAAUUUUUCAAGGCAGUGAAAGGUGAUGAAUGUUAUUGGAGUCUAGAAGAUCAGAAAGAAAUUUCUAUUCUUUUAACUAAGCAAAAUAAAUCUGAUUGGUGGAAGAGAUUGUUAAAAGGUGGUCCAGAAAUUGACACGCAAAAAGUCGAGCCAGAACCUAGUAACUUGUCUGAUUUGGACACAGAGACAAGGGCAGCAGUUGAAAAAAUGAUGUUUGAUCAAAGACAAAAACAAAUGGGACUUCCAACAAGUCAGGAGAUUACAAAUCAAGAUAUGCUUAAAAAGUUUAUGGAACAAAAUCCUGACAUGGCUAAGAAUUUUGCUAAUGCUAAGAUGAUGCCAAACUCUAAGAAGAUGAUGGGAUAAUUUUGAUGGAAGUCUUAUUUUUGCUUUUUUAAUCUUUAGUAGAUUUAGAUUUUCUAAAUUUUGUUAGGUUUUAGUGCAUGAACAAUUACUAAUUCCUUUAAUUAAUUCGAGUGAUUAGUUUUAGAUAAUCUUGAAUUUAAUUUGUUUUGCUAUGUUUGCUGCUUCAUUUAUAUUUUGGAUGUAGGGUUUAUUAUUGUCUGUUAAUUGGUUUUGUUCUUACGAGGAAUACUGAA